AUGAAUGUGGAUAUACCUCAAAGACAAUUCAGUAAGGAGGAGAUCAACCGAUGCUAUCUGAGAUGGCAGCAGUUGCGCAACGAGCAUGGGGAGAACGCUCGUAACGUUCCGGAGUUUGUAUAUUUCACCAAGGUGCUGCAUGUCGCAGCGAAGCAGCAGCAGGAGCAGGCCCAGUUGCAACAGAGACAGCAACCGGCAGCACAGGAGCCGCAACAGCAAGGCAGCAGUCACGUGAGCAAUGGGUCUCCCGCAUCGAUGCAGCAGCAGGUGGUGGAGACGGGUCACAGGGGAUCGUCGGAGUUGCGGUCGCAGGAGCCGCAAGUUCCGCAGCAGCAGCAGCAGCAGCAGGCUCCCGGUUCCAGUAUCUUCACAGCAGAGCAAUCGGAGCUUCUGAAGGCUCAGAUCACGUCGCUGAAGUGUCUGGUGAACCAGCAGCCGGUCCCGGGGCCGUGCCAGGCGGUCAUACAGCAGUCGAUUACGAACCCGCCGGACUUCAAGAGGAUGCUGCUGGCGCUCAGUGACUUUGUGAAGCGGUACAAGCAGGCUCAGAACGGACAGGCGGCGGAGGCGGCUGCAGUGGGCAAACCGUCGCCCGCGGUGCAGCAGAGUGCUUCGCCGGCCGGGGCCAGCGUGCCGCAAAACGCCUCUCCCGCGGAGAUGGCUCAAUUUCAACAGAAACAGCAGCUGCAGCAGCGGGAGCAACUCCAGAGGCUCCAGAGGCAGCAGGCUGCAAGCAGCAAUGCAGCAUCUCCGCUGAACAACGGCACGAUCAAUGACGCGGCGCAGCAAAGCCGACAAGCAAGCCCGCAGAUUGCCGAGCCAGAGGCUUCAAAUCAGGAUCAAGAGGCUCCGAUCGACGGCGAGAAGACACCGCCCAAGCCAGCGGCGCCUAUUCCGCUGGAGCAGUUCAAGACGUUGCAUCCGGAAGUCGAGAAUAUUAUAGAUGUAGACGAUCCCGAUAUCAUGGUGGACUCGUUCACUCUCCCAGAUAUACCACAGGAGAAAGUCGACUAUGGGAAGUUAUUCCCUAGCGCGGAAAACAAACGACUGACAAUACAGCCAGGAAUCUUACCGGUCGGGAUAGAUGCACACACUGCUACCGAGAUUUAUCAGACGCUGAUUGCGCUUAACCUAGAUACAGCGAUCGAUGAAUGUUUGACAAAUGUAUUAGAUGAGAAAUGUGAUGACAAGACGAAAGAAGAUUCUCUUUACGAUUAUUACGCGUUCCAACUUUUGCCGUUGCAAAAGGCUGCCCGCGGCCACUUACUAGGAUACGUAUGGUAUCAAAAUUCGCUCUUGCCAAAUACCCAUCCCAAUUUUCUUUCCAAGAUACGAAACAUCAACGUCCAGGAUACUCUGCUGACAGCAGAACUGUACAAGAAGCAUGAAAUUUUGCAAUACGAGAAGAAAAGAUAUGAGAAAUCUGCUAAACUUGAAAACAUUUUAAGCUCGUCCAUUCACCGUCAUAAUAAAAGGCUUGAUUAUAGAACCAGACGUGUCAAAUUUGGCCACAAACUAAUUAAUACUCAUAAUAUUUUGGAGAAGGAAGAACAACGGAGGGCUGAGCGAAAAGCCAAAGAGCGUUUACAGGCGCUUAAGGCUAAUGAUGAAGAGGCAUAUAUCAAAUUGCUUGACCAAACAAAGGAUACGAGAAUUACGCAUCUGUUGAAACAGACAAAUGCAUUCUUGGACUCUUUGACGAGAGCCGUUAAGGAUCAGCAGGACUACACCAAGGAAAUGAUAGACUCACACACGAAGGAAAACAGCGAAGAGGCCGAUGAACUGAAAGUCAAAGAAGACAAAAGCAGUUUUGAAGCUGAGAUCGAAGAACGCUCCAAUGUUGAUUAUUACAACGUGGCACAUAGAAUUAAAGAAGAGAUAAAGGAGCAACCAUCUAUUCUGGUCGGAGGUACACUUAAGGAGUAUCAAUUGAAAGGUUUACAAUGGAUGGUUUCUCUUUUCAACAACCACUUGAAUGGUAUUCUUGCAGAUGAAAUGGGGUUGGGUAAAACUAUUCAAACUAUCUCCUUGCUCACCUAUUUGUAUGAGAGGAAAAACAUUCACGGUCCUUUCUUAGUCAUUGUUCCUCUAUCGACGUUAACGAAUUGGAGCUCUGAAUUUGCCAAAUGGGCACCUGUCUUGAGGACCAUCGCAUACAAGGGAUCUCCAAAUGAAAGAAAAUCUAAGCAAGCUUAUAUCAAGUCCGGUGAAUUUGAUGUUGUUUUAACAACGUUCGAGUAUGUUAUCAAGGAAAAAGCGAUACUAUCAAAGAUUAAAUGGGUUCAUAUGAUUAUUGAUGAAGGGCAUAGAAUGAAAAAUGCGCAAUCCAAGCUUUCUUUAACUCUUAACAAUCACUAUCACUCUGAUUAUCGUUUAAUCUUAACCGGUACGCCUUUACAGAACAAUCUGCCAGAACUGUGGGCGCUGCUGAACUUUGUCCUGCCCAAGAUCUUCAACUCAGUCAAGUCAUUUGACGAGUGGUUUAACACGCCGUUCUCGAGCGCUGGUGGCCAGGAUAAAAUAGAGCUAAGCGAGGAAGAAAUGCUUCUCGUUAUUAGGAGAUUACACAAGGUUUUAAGACCUUUCCUCUUGCGUCGUUUGAAGAAAGAUGUAGAAAGGGAGUUGCCUGAUAAAGUGGAAAAGGUUAUCAAAUGCAAAAUGAGUGCACUGCAACAGAUCAUGUACCAACAAAUGCUAACUCAUCGCCGCUUGUUUGUUGGUGAUCAGGCAAACAAGAAGAUGGUCGGCCUUAGAGGUUUUAAUAAUCAAAUCAUGCAACUGAAAAAGAUCUGCAAUCAUCCAUUUGUUUUCGAAGCUGUGGAGGAUCAAAUAAAUCCAACUAGAGAAACUAAUGCCAACAUAUGGCGUGUUGCUGGAAAGUUCGAAUUGCUCGAAAGGAUUCUUCCCAAAUUGAAAGCGACGGGCCAUCGAUGUCUGAUCUUUUUUCAGAUGACUCAGAUCAUGGAUAUUAUGGAAGAUUUUUUGAGAUUCAUCAACAUUAAAUAUCUAAGGCUGGAUGGUCAUACCAAGUCUGAUGAGCGUAGCAUGUUACUGCAGCAAUUCAACGAGCCUUCUUCGGAGUAUUUUUGUUUUAUUCUAUCCACUAGAGCGGGUGGUCUCGGGUUGAACUUGCAAACAGCUGAUACUGUUAUUAUCUUUGAUACAGAUUGGAAUCCCCAUCAAGAUUUGCAGGCGCAAGAUAGAGCUCAUAGAAUUGGUCAGAAGAACGAGGUUAGAAUUCUCAGAUUAAUCACAGAAAACUCCGUCGAGGAAGUUAUUUUAGAGAGAGCCCAUAAGAAACUGGAUAUAGAUGGGAAGGUCAUACAGGCUGGUAAAUUUGACAAUAAGUCCACGGCGGAGGAGCAAGAAGCCCUUUUGAGAUCGCUCUUGGAGGCCGAAGAUGAGCGUAGGCGUAAAAGAGAAUUAGGCAUGGAGGAAGAGGAAGAAAUGGAUGAUAAUGAGAUGAAUGAUAUUUUAGCCAGGAAUGAGGGUGAGAUCACGAUUUUUGCUGAAGUAGAUGCGGAGAGAUCGAGAAAGGCCUUAGAACUAAACAUUACGACAAGGUUAAUGGAAACAAACGAACUUCCAGAAAUAUACAGUCAAGACAUUGCUAAAGAACUUGAGCUCGAACGCGAAGAGGCGGAAAAUGCAGUAUAUGGAGGCAGAGGCGCGAGAGAGCGUAAAAACAUGCACUAUAGUGAUAAUUUAUCAGAAGAACAGUGGCUCAAACAGUUCGAAGUCAGUGACAAUGAGGAUGACAAUAUGCUUCCUGAUGGGAAAAGGCGCAGCGUCGGCAGACCACGAGGCUCUACGAAGAAAUUGAAGGUUGAAGAUGAAAUCGACCAAAUCAUAACGGCAAACCCCUCUCCUGCACCGUCAAUGGAGAACUCAAAAGUGGAGCUAGACGAUGAGAUUCUUGCCCAUGACGGGAUUGAGGAAGAGGGAAGCGAGAAUGAAGACGAUUUCGACCCUCAGUCAACUGCUGGUAAAACAUCAGCAAAAUCAGCUAGAACUUCUGGUCGUGGCAGAGGCCGAGGCCGAGGCCGAGGUCGUGGGCGAGGACGGGGUACACUUACAGCUUCCAAUGCUGCGCGCGGCCGGGGAAGAGGACGGGGGCGUGGGAGACCUCCCAAGCCAAGAAAUGGACGUGAAUACGUGAGGGACCCUGCAGCCACAACGCAGCCCUAUGAAGUACGGAGUGCAGUGUCUGAAGAGGCGCGCAGUCUCUAUCAAUAUGCUCUCGAGUAUACCAACGAGGAUGGUCGAAGGCUUUCCGACAUUUUUCUCACCAGGCCACCGAAGACAUUGUAUCCAGAUUAUUACCAGCUCAUCAAGUAUCCUGCCGCAUUUGAAAACAUCAGCAAUAGCAUCGAGUCCUUCGCAUAUGACUCCCUGAGAGAAGUCUUGGAAGAUUUCCAUUUAAUUUUUUCCAAUGCACGAAUUUACAAUACCGAGGACUCAGUUAUCUAUGCUGAUUCAAUUGAGCUAGAGGAGAGGGUUACAUCUAAAUAUAGGGAGAUGGCUAAAGACGAUGGCACCAUAGAUUUCACUGAGUUUGAGGAGGCCUACGGGACAAAGCCACUCAAUAUAAGUGGCCUGCUUCCAGGAGAUGAUCCAGCUUUCGUUCCUGAGAGCAGUGUGCCAGACGAUAUGCAGAUGGAUUCUGUUGAAUUGACGGACCAUGCCGUCACCCCGGAGACUGCCCCCGCUUUGGACGGGAGGUUGCCCGAAAAUAGUUGA